UAAUGAGGCGGGGCGCGGCGGCCGGCUGAGGAGCUGCUGGGCGGCGGCGGCUACUGGCGUGGAGCAGCCGGGCGGGAGCGGCGUAGGUACAGGGUCACUGGUGAGCGCGAAUCAGGACAUGGAGCCGUCCGGCGGGGCCCUGGGGCCCGGACGCGGGACCCGGGACAAGAAGAAGGGCCGGAGCCCGGAUGAGCUGCCUGCGACGGGCGGCGACGGCGGCAAAUCCAAGAAAUUYACUUUGAAGCGGCUCAUGGCAGAUGAGCUGGAGAGAUUUACCAGCAUGAGAAUUAAGAAGGAGAAGGAAAAACCCAAUUCUGCUCAUAGAAAUUCUUCUGCCUCUUAUGGGGAUGACCCAACAGCACAGUCCUUGCAGGAUAUUUCUGAUGAGCAAGUUCUAGUUCUCUUUGAACAGAUGCUGCUGGAUAUGAACCUGAAUGAGGAAAAACAGCAACCUUUGAGAGAGAAGGACAUUGUCAUCAAGAGGGAGAUGGUGUCCCAGUACUUGCACACUUCCAAGGCUGGCAUGAGCCAAAAGGAGAGCUCUAGAUCUGCCAUGAUGUACAUUCAGGAGUUGAGAUCAGGCUUGCGGGAUAUGCCUCUGCUUAGCUGCCUGGAGUCCCUUCGUGUCUCUCUCAACAACAACCCUGUCAGUUGGGUACAAACAUUUGGUGCUGAAGGUCUGGCCUCUUUAUUAGACAUCCUCAAACGACUUCACGAUGAGAAAGAGGAGACUGCUGGGAGCUACGAUAGCAGGAACCAGCAUGAGAUCAUUCGCUGUUUGAAAGCUUUUAUGAACAACAAGUUUGGAAUCAAAACCAUGUUGGAGACAGAAGAAGGAAUUUUACUGCUGGUCAGAGCCAUGGAUCCUGCUGUUCCCAACAUGAUGAUUGAUGCAGCUAAACUGCUUUCUGCUCUUUGUAUUCUACCACAACCAGAGGACAUGAAUGAAAGGGUUUUGGAGGCAAUGACAGAAAGAGCUGAGAUGGAUGAGGUGGAACGUUUCCAGCCGCUGUUGGAUGGAUUAAAAAGUGGGACCUCCAUUGCACUCAAGGUGGGAUGCCUACAGCUAAUCAAUGCUCUCAUCACUCCAGCUGAAGAACUUGACUUCCGAGUUCACAUUAGAAGCGAACUGAUGCGAUUAGGGCUGCAUCAGGUGUUGCAGGACCUUCGAGAGAUUGAAAAUGAUGAUAUGAGAGUGCAACUAAAUGUGUUUGAUGAACAAGGGGAAGAAGAUUCCUAUGAUCUGAAGGGACGGCUAGAUGACAUUCGCAUGGAGAUGGAUGACUUUAGUGAAGUCUUCCAGAUUCUAUUAAACACAGUGAAGGACUCAAAGGCAGAGCCACACUUCCUGUCCAUUCUUCAGCACCUGCUGUUGGUCCGAAAUGACUAUGAGGCCAGACCACAGUACUAUAAGUUGAUUGAAGAAUGUAUCUCCCAGAUAGUUCUUCAUAAGAAUGGAGCUGAUCCUGAUUUCAAAUGCCGGCAUCUCCAGAUUGAUAUCGAGGGAUUGAUUGAUCAAAUGAUUGAUAAAACAAAAGUGGAGAAAUCUGAAGCCAAAGCUACAGAGCUGGAAAAAAAGCUGGACUCAGAGUUAACAGCCCGACAUGAGCUACAAGUAGAAAUGAAAAAGAUGGAAAGUGACUUCGAGCAGAAACUUCAGGAUCUUCAGGGAGAAAAGGAUGCAUUGGAUUCUGAAAAGCAACAAAUUGCCAUAGAGAAACAAGACCUUGAAGCAGAGGUGUCCCAGCUCACAGGAGAGGUUGCCAAGCUGUCAAAAGAACUGGAAGAUGCCAAGAAAGAAAUGGCUUCUCUCUCUGCCUCAGUUGUUGCUAUAGCUCCUUCUGUUCCUAGUAGUGCCACUGUUCCUCCUGCCCCUCCUCUACCUGGUGACUCUGGCACGGUUAUUCCACCUCCAGCCCCUCCUUUAUCAGGAGGGGUUAGUAUACCACCCCCACCUCCUCUUCCUGGAGGUGCUACCAUUUUUCCUCCUCCACCUCCACCUGCUCCUCCUUUGCCUGGAGUUGUUUGCAUCCCUCCACCCCCUCCUUUGCCUACAGGUACUGGCAUCCCUCCUCCCCCUCCUUUGCCUGGAGGUGCUGGCAUCCCCCUUCCACCUCCCUUGCCUGGAGGUGCUGGCAUCCCCCUUCCACCUCCCUUGCCUGGAGGUGCUGGCAUCCCCCUUCCACCUCCCUUGCCUGGAGGUGCUGGCAUUCCCCCACCACCUCCGUUGCCUGGAAGUACUAGCAUCCCUCCACCACCUCCCUUACCUGGGGGUGCUUGCAUCCCCCCACCUCCUCCCUUGCCUGGAGGACCAGGAAUGCCACCUCCCCCUCCUCCUCUUCCUGGUGGUCCUGGAAUCCCUCCACCACCUCCAUUUCCUGGUGGCCCUGGCAUUCCUCCACCUCCACCUGGAAUGGGUUUGCCUCCGCCUCCCCCCUUUGGAUUUGGGGUACCAGCAGCCCCAGUUCUGCCAUUUGGAUUAACUCCCAAAAAGAUUUAUAAGCCAGAGGUGCAGCUCCGGAGGCCUAACUGGUCUAAGUUUGUGGCUGAGGACCUUUCCCAGGACUGCUUCUGGACAAAGGUGAAGGAGGACCGCUUUGAGAACAACGAACUUUUCGCCAAACUUACUCUUACCUUCUCUGCCCAGACCAAGACUUCCAAAGCCAAAAAGGAUCAGGAAGGUGGAGAAGAAAAGAAAUCUGUACAAAAGAAAAAAGUAAAAGAGUUAAAGGUGUUGGAUUCAAAGACGGCCCAGAAUCUCUCAAUCUUUUUGGGUUCCUUCCGCAUGCCCUAUCAAGAGAUUAAGAAUGUCAUCCUGGAGGUGAAUGAGGCUGUUCUUACGGAAUCUAUGAUCCAGAACCUCAUUAAGCAAAUGCCAGAGCCAGAGCAGUUAAAAAUGCUAUCUGAACUGAAGGAUGAAUAUGAUGAUCUGGCAGAGUCAGAGCAGUUUGGUGUGGUGAUGGGCACAGUGCCCCGCCUGCGGCCUCGCCUCAAUGCCAUUCUCUUCAAGCUGCAAUUCAGUGAGCAAGUGGAGAAUAUUAAGCCAGAGAUUGUUUCUGUCACUGCCGCAUGUGAGGAAUUACGCAAGAGUGAGAGCUUCUCUAGCCUCCUGGAGAUAACCCUCCUUGUUGGAAACUAUAUGAAUGCUGGCUCCAGGAAUGCUGGAGCUUUUGGUUUCAACAUCAGCUUCCUGUGCAAGCUUCGAGACACGAAAUCCACAGAUCAAAAGAUGACAUUGUUGCACUUCUUGGCUGAGUUGUGUGAGAAUGACUAUCCUGAUGUCCUCAAGUUCCCAGAUGAGCUUGCUCAUGUGGAGAAAGCCAGCCGAGUUUCUGCUGAAAACUUGCAAAAGAACCUAGAUCAGAUGAAGAAACAGAUUUCUGAUGUGGAACGUGAUGUUCAGAAUUUUCCAGCUGCCACAGAUGAAAAAGAUAAGUUUGUUGAAAAAAUGACUAGCUUUGUAAAGGAUGCACAGGAACAAUAUAACAAGCUGCGGAUGAUGCACUCUAACAUGGAGACCCUCUAUAAGGAGCUAGGCGACUAUUUCAUCUUUGACCCCAAAAAGUUGUCUGUGGAAGAAUUCUUCAUGGAUCUGCACAACUUCAGAAAUAUGUUUGUGCAAGCAGUAAAGGAGAACCAAAAACGACGGGAGACAGAAGAAAAGAUGCGACGAGCAAAACUAGCCAAAGAGAAGGCAGAGAAAGAGCGGCUAGAGAAGCAGCAGAAGAGAGAGCAACUCAUAGACAUGAAUGCAGAGGGUGAUGAGACAGGUGUGAUGGAUAGUCUUCUAGAAGCCCUGCAAUCAGGUGCAGCAUUCCGACGGAAGAGAGGACCCCGUCAGGCCAACAGGAAGGCUGGGUGUGCAGUCACAUCUCUGCUAGCUUCAGAGCUGACCAAGGAUGAUGCCAUGACUGCAGUUCCURUCAAGGUGCCCAAGACCAGCGAAGGAGUCCCCACAAUCCUUGAGGAAGCCAAGGAGUUGGUUGGCCGUGCAAGUUAAACUGGGUCCCUGGGCCAUGGCAGCUCCUAAAUGGAGCCUGGAUUGUCCCACCCUGCAGCAUGUGCCUAUAGGGUCUAGGGGAUAUUCCUCUGGGGCAACCACUUCCACUACCCUGACCCCAUCUUUCUCUGGCCUGCUGCUCUCUGAACAUCACAUACAUCUUCAGCUGCCUGGAGACCAGAGGAAAGGGUCAUGUGGAAGAGGCCUGAGACCAACUCAGCCAGCCCUGGCUAUUGUAUUACCAAAGCAGGGGACCCUUUUUGCUGCCUUAACCUGUUUCCUCUGUUACUCAAGAGGGCCUUGUCUUAGACAAAGCGCAGCCUGCUUUCUCAGCCCAACUUUCUAUUGGGUAUGUUCGUAGGUCAGACUUGCUGAAUUUGUGCUUUUCUUUUGUGGUUUCUCUGGCCCUGAGAACAGCAUGGAGCUUAUGAACCUCUGGGCUAGAUCCUUCCCUUCAUUGCUGUCACCUAUGCUCUUCUCUUCCCCUCCUAGCUGUUGUUAUUUAUUACUAGUGCUGUGGCAUUGGGAGCUGCUUCUAAGAAGGCCGGAGCAAAUCCCACCCUUACCC